AUGGAUUGUCGGGCUGCGCUGCUAUUCCUGCUAGCCGUGUUCUUUAUGUCGAUAUUUGCGUAUGCAGAUGGACGGACAAAAAAGGUUGUCAUACACGUGCCUUACAAAGUGAAGAAGAUAAAGCAUACACACACGGUGUAUAAGACGAUUCAUCAUCAUCACGCUCACCACGACCCGCAUUUUGACCACGCGAUAUCACCAUCCGAGGAGCACGAGCAUUUCCACCACAUGCACUUACAUGACGAACUACCGCCGCCACCACCCCUGGGGCAGCAUACUCAGCCUAUCCCGGGUAUUGGCAUCCCUGAGUUUCUACCCGAUGUUCCAUUGGAUCCGUUAGAUUUGCCUAAAAUUCCACGUGAACUGCCAUUGCAUUCGAAACGACACGGCAUCCCACUUUUUAGACAUUAG